AUGCCCAAAGCACAGCAAGUCAAUGCAUGGGCGAGUUAUGACAACACUGCCAAAGCUGCCCGAAGACUCCAGAGUGAUGGACAAGCCCCUCUUCGACAGCGAAAGAUAACUCGCCACAGCACCUCUGCUGUGCAAAACGACCAGCAGGCUCUCAAGGAUUUGGAAGGGGGUUACAGGAGAGCUUCCGUAGCAGAGAAUGCAGAUCUAGCAGCAGGUAACGUCUCCCGUCACCGAACAUCCCGCGUGUUUCUCGACUUGAUGAAGCUUCAAAAACUAGACGACGGCGAGGAAGUUGAACAAGUCGACAGGAACAAGGAGAAAGAAGAGGAAUCAGGCACAAAGAAGUUAUUUGAUUUGGAUUGCGAAGACAUCCUCAAGAUCAGAGAAGCCGUGCCGAUCUUCUUCGAUACGGAACUACAUGAAAAGGGAGGGCCAGCACAGUCAUCAAUCCAAACAUUCCUUGCAUCCUUGAAUGCAACCAUGCCCUGGGUUCAAGAUCGUCUUCACGCUGAACCUCUCAUCUUCUUUGAAAUGUGUCUCAGGGGCAUUGGACAGGUCUACUUUCAGAACUCUCCGCUAAGUGGCCUCCUGGUGCUAAUUGCUUUGUUCCUUCAGUCUCCUACAGUAGCAGUUCAUGGAAUUCUUGGACUGGUAUGUGGGAAUCUUGUUGCAUUGGGACUUGGCUUUGACAAAGGUCUCGCUCGAUCGGGCCUCUUUGGAUACAACUCGCUCCUGGUUGGACUUGCAGUUGCAACAUUCGAUGUGAAUACUGAAUAUCAUGCGGCAAAAAUCCUCAUGGUCAUUCUAUUUGCGAGCUUUAGCUCUGUGGUAUUUGUCAUGUUUGGAAAAUUGCUCGUGCCAUACAAGUCCCCUCCGUUGACCUUUCCAUUUAUUAUCGCGACACUCAUGUUUUUGCUAUCGACUGCCAACAUGGACCGGGUCGAGUUCGGAUCCGUCCGAUCGCCCUCGUUACCAAACUAUUCCAACUCUGAGGCUCUCUCUGCCAUCAGUUGGAAUGAUUUCUUUGCAGGGACUCUUCGAGGUGUUGGUCAAGUUUACUUGGCGAACAAUAUUGCUUCUGGUGCAUUGAUUCUGGCUGCCAUUGCGGUCUGUUCUCGAAUCAGUGCAGUGGCAGCUAUUUUGGGCUCGGCCCUUGGUGCUGCUAUCGCACUUGCUACAGGAGUACCCGCACCUCAAGUGGCACAGGGCAUGUAUGGCUUCAAUGCGAGUCUAUCGGUGACGGCCAUGCUUAUGUUUUACAAUCCAUCUAUCGGUGCUAGCAUCCUGGCAGUCUUUUCGGGAAUCAUGAGUGUGGUUGCUCAACAAGCCUUGGCUAGUGUGUUACAACCAUUGGGAUUGCCUUUCAUGACUUUGCCGUUUUGUGUGGUUUCCCUCUCAUUCAUAAUCAUUCAAGGUACUACAUCGCUCGUGCUAGCUGUCCCGUUGGCAGAUAUGACAGUCCCAGAGGAUCACCUGCACAGAAUCUAUCGGCUGGAAGAUGGAAUCAACUUCUUGAAAGAAGCUGUCUUGAAUGAUGAAAACAGAAGGAUGAACAGCAGAAAGCUUCGAAAAUCUUUCAAGAUGAUCCAAUCUGCGGUAUAUGAAAAGGAAGCAAAACUCGGCGAUGUCCAGCCCAAAUCGUCAUCCUCUCUAGAGGGUCUAUUUUCCAACCACACUGAAGAAGUUGUUAAAGCCAGAGCCCAUGCUUUGUUUCGCUUGUUGGCUCAAAAGACUGGCCAAGACCGUCUCACUAUUCAAACAAUUUUGGAUUGUUUUCGAGAUGCAGGUAUGGAAGAAGGUGAGCCCAUCAUGCUGGCUUCUUUGAUGCUGAACCUUGCGGAUCAUACUGGAGACAAGACAAUCGACGAAAUUGAAUUUGUGUGCUUUGCCAUGGUGGCGAGCGCCGCCAAGCUCAUCCGCACCAAGCUGUUCAAAUUCUUUGAUUUUGUCGACGCUGAUUGUAGCGGGAGCAUCGACUUUCAUGAACUCGAUGUGGCGUUGGAGUAUCUUGGGCGAUCUCCUUUUACUCACGACGAAAAACAAAGACUGAUCAAAUUAUCGAAAACCAUGACGAAUGAAGAUGAUGACAUUGAAACUGUUGAAUUAAUGGACAUUGUGACCAUCGAAAAGGUUAAAAGUUUGUUAGGUACAUUUUAA